CUUACAGCCCUUCGCACCAACCACUGACAGAGAUUAGCACCACCGCCACCAACCACCACCGCCACAAACCACCACCGCACCCACCACGAGCAGACGCUGUCACCACCUCCACCACCACCAAACAGCAGCCGCAUCACCACCACCACCACCACCAACUUACCAUCGGCAUCAUCUCUCGAAACACCAUGAAACCUGCUAGCGCUGCGGCCACCCUCGCGUGCCUGGUGCUGGCCACUCUGGUGGCCGACCCGGCCGAGGCGUGGUACAAACAGGCCACCGGUCCUAGCUACUACUCAGUGGGACGCGCCUCGGGCCUCCUCUCCGGCAUCCGCCGCUCGCCGUUCGCGCGCCGCUCGCUGCCCCCCGCGGACGGCGAAGCCGGAGGCGCGGCGGCGGCGGCGGCGGCGAUGCCCGACGAUGACGAGGAGACGGCGGCGGCGGUGGUGGCGGCUCGGGGCAUCGCGGACGCUGAGGGCGUGGAGCUGGUGCGCAACCUUCUGCCCGUGCUCAUGCAGCAGCAUCCGAAGCGCGUGGGCAGCGCUGGGCGCGGCACGGGCAUCUGCGUGAAGGACGUGACCCCGUACCUGCAGAGCUGCGAGCCCCUGUCCGAGCUCCCGGCCACUCUGCAGUGCAAGGCGGAGGUCUACCUGACCCUCGACUCACGGGACUGCCUCUACCCUUGAGCGCACACACGCGCCAAGACACACGAGCAUACAUACACACGUGCACGUGCAUAUACACACACACAUACACACGCGUCAAACCUGUUCGUCAGAUGAGUCCACACCACCACGCCCCAAGCACUACUCAUCUGUCUCCCCUUUUCUGAGACCCCCUUCCCUCCUAAUCACGUCUCCCUUCCUCCCCAUGUCCCCCGUCUCAUCAUCAUCGUCGUCACCAUCAUCACUGUCAUCAAUACCAAUGCUACCAACGGCACCACCAGCAUUAACGCUAAUUAUACUUUACCGCGAUUAUCACCACAUCAUCACUAGCAUCAUCACUACCAGCACCACCACCAUCAGCAUCCCCAUCACUACCAGCACCACAAACAUGACCAUCGCAAAUCAUCACCACCAUCACAGUCACCAGCAUCAUCACUACCAGCACCACCACCAUCAUCACCAGAUUUCCGAGACAUAGAGUGGCAAAUUGUGAUCAAUACAAAGACACAGGUUCCACCGUAUAGCCUGGACAUACUAUUGAGGCAAGUGCUGUUAGCGAGCACCUAUGAAGGCAGACACGGCACACGAGGGGGUGAGUAUCCUGCACCACGCCCGGCCGCCUGUCUCUCGAGUGGUAC